AUGCCCACCGCAACCGCCGCCCAACCCGACACCAACGCCCACACCCUCCAGUGCUUCGAGGUCUGGGGCGGGAAUCAUGCCGUGGACAACGGCGUGGCCAUGCCCGGGCUCGACGCGUGGGUGUACUCCGAGCCGUAUGAGCACGCGACGGGCGGGGGCGACGUGCACUACGUCAGCUCGUGCGCGACGGGCCGCAUCACGCGGAUCCUGCUCAUGGACGUCGCGGGGCAUGGCGAGGGGGCAGCGACGCUCGCGGUGCGCCUCCGCGACCUGAUGCGGCGGUACGUGAACUACAGCAAGCAGACGGACUUCGUGAACGCGCUGAACCGCGAGUUCUUCCGCCGGUCCGAGGGCUACCGCUUCGCGACGGGCAUCGCCGCGACGUUCUGGGGGCCGACGAACACGCUUAGCUUGUCCAUCGCGGGCCACCCGCUCCCACUCCACUACCGCGCGAAGGCGAAGCAGUGGUCGCUCCUGUCUCCCGGAGACUCCGGCUCGGACGCCCGCAACCUGCCGCUCGGCGUCGACGAGGACGCGGCGUACGACGAGUUCUCCGUGAAGCUGGGCGUCGGCGACAUCGUUCUGAUGUACUCCGACGCGCUGAUCGAGACGGACAACGGCGAGGGCCAGCUCCUGGGCGAGGGCGGCCUGCUCGACGUCGCGAAGACGCUCGACCCGACCGACCCCUCCGCGCUGAUCACGAGGCUCCGCGAGGUCAUCAACCCCGAGAUCGACCGCCAGACGGACCAGGACGACGUCACCCUCCUCGCGCUGCGGUGCAACGGCAACGCACCGAAGGGCUCGCCGCUGCUGGGCAUGCUGGGCGGCUGGCGCGUUGUGCGCGAAUCGGCGAGGUCGCUGUUCAAGGGCGAACGAAUGCCGCUCCCGGAGUUCACGGUGCCGACGAUCUUCGGCGCGUUCAGCAAGAAGCUGAGCAAGCGCGGGGGCUGA